GGGGGAGUCUAGGAGCUUAGGGGACAGGAUGUGGGAAGAAUCCCAUACGGAAAGGAAGACGAAGGGGAGAUAUCUGCCCCUAUCAUGGGCGGAGGCCCAUGAGCACAUUCUUUGACAUCCCUUGAGGUUUCUUGAGCACCCUCUCCCAGGAGAUAUCCUCCCUGUGCGGGACCUAUGAUUAGAGAGUGACAGUCCCAAGAGAAAGGAUGCGCGGACAGGUUGCCAUGGCAACCGGGUGCCUGGUCCAGCACAGCGGUGGAAGAGAUGGGGUUUAAGGUGGAAGCUGACGGAUCUGCAGCCAGAAGAGUUCCUGAAGAAACAGAUCCUUUUUUCUAUGACUAUGCCACUGUGCAGACUGUGGGAAUGACCCUGGCCACUAUCAUGUUCGUGCUGGGGAUCAUCAUCAUCCUGAGCAAGAAGGUGAAGUGCAGGAAGGCGGACUCCAGGUCUGAGAGCCCAACAUGCAAAUCCUGUAAGUCGGAACUACCCUCCUCAGCCCCUGGAGGUGGCGGUGUGUAGGAUCCUCUGCAGAUUUCCACUGCUGUCCCUGGCCAGAGUGCAGGAACCAGAGGACCCAGAGAAGGCGGUGGGGACCCAGCCUGGCGCCAGGGAGUGCGCCCCCAAUGAGCCGCCAGACCCACCCCAAGGCCGGAGCCAAUGCACCCCGCUCUCCCUCCCCAGGCCUUGGCAACAACGAUCCUAUUUGUACCCCAGACCCAGAGACUCAGGCCUCCAGCUCCUGGGAUCCAGGAGUCCAUACCCAGUCCCCUGGGAUCCUAGUGUCCCUCCCUCCUGCAUCUCCUGGUCUCCUUCUCCAGGACCUUCCCGGCUUCCCCUCAGGGUCCACAUCUUGAGCUUAAUAAAUGUGCAUUCGUUUUUUCCCCUC